AUGUUCGGCGAAGUUGCGCAGACCGGGAAGACGGGGACAGACAUCGAGGAGAAUAAGUGUUCCCGGGUUAUUAUCCGGGCGCUGGAAAUAUGCGAUGAGAAACAGCGGCUGUAUCUUCGAAAGCACUACGGCCAGUGUGGAAAGAACGAGGCAGAUAUGAUUUGGGUCAUUUUUCGCUCCCUCCCCUUGAUUGAAGCAUUCGGUCCGGAGCACAAACAGAGGGCAGAUGAGAUCCAGACGACGAUUCAUGAGUUGAAUGAAAGCGAGGGUCUACGCCAACCCAUCUUCCAAAAUUUGCUCGAUUACUUUUGUGGACUCUACCAGCCAGAGAGACCUGUUUAA